GGCGUGGAAGUCCUCUUAUAGAGAAAUACAUCAACGUCAAUCACCAGACUGAAGGCUCAGUUGGAUCCUCACAAACUCACAAAGCAGCUUAAACUUCAAAUUGGAGAACUUCCAGGAGAUGACACAUGUCACAAUCAGCUGAUGACUGGCCGGCACAGACAGCCCUCUGUUGUCUGCUGUUGCAUGUUACCAUGAAAUCCAUCAGAAGCCUGUUUUUGUUAACCAUCUGUCUGUGCAUGCUGUUAUCAGUGGGUCUGUUGCCACCAGUGACAUCUGGCAGCACCAGCCUGUGGGGUAAAAAGGUGAUCUUCAAGCGUUAUCUGUGUUUGUGGCAGCUACAGCCACAAGUUAUGAUACCAGCCCUUGAGGAACUAACAGUAUGCAUGCAGUUAAAGCGUAGUAUUGAAUCAGAUUUCACUGCUUUCGAAUAUAAAGCCCCAGGUGGAGUUUACACAGAGCUGGGAAUUGGCGGCAACAAUACACAUCUGUUUGCACGACUGUUUGGCAAAGAAUGGGACAUUGCAGUGGAGCUCCAUUUGGAUCAAUGGCACCUUAUCUGCCUCACCUGGUCCAACGAAACUCACAGGCUACAUCUCUACGUUAAUGGUUCAAGCUACUUUUCUGCUGAUCUGAACUCUAAUCCAACCCAGCAGUUGAUCCUAAACGGGACACUUACCCUGGGGAUAUCUCACUAUGUCGACAAAAACGGUCAAGUUCAGCAAGUAUAUGGGAAAACCUUGAUUGGGGAGAUUGGUCUUUUCAGGAUUUGGGCCAGGGAAUGGCACGCUGAGGACCUGGGGAGGCAUAGCUGUGCAGAUGGAGAUGUGGUGAGCUGGGACAAGCGCCAGUGGAAGAAUACCUGCAACCUGAAAGAUGACAAAAGCAUGGAGUGUGUAUGGUCAGACUAUGAAAUCAAAAUGUGGACGUACAUCUCACAUUCUACAAAUCUUGGAAAUUUUACACUGUCACUGGAGGAAAGCAUGAGACACUGGCUGGAGAAGAUUUUCCCCAAGAAUAUUUCUAUCAAUAACGUGUUUGUGUCAUCACCAAGUCAUACCUGCCAUGUGGUUAAAGAUUCUUCUGCUCUACACUUACAACACCAUCAGGGUUCCAGACCAUUAUUAAAUUCAACACGUGACAAGUGUUUCAUCUGGCAAGUUUAUGUGAAUGUGGAUCCUGCAGCAAACAUAGCAGUGGUUCAGUCUUCCAUCGCUGCACUGCUGAAUUUAACCUUCCAAAACGACUUCCUCAACCUGACAGUUGACCUGAAUAACCUCAGCAUUCUGCCCGUGGAUGCAUUUCCUGUAAUGACAGAACCAAUGUCCACUGCUAGCAGUGGGACAUCAGCUUCAAUAGUUGGACAGAAUAGAUUCUUCAGAGUUAACAUCUUGCUGACUAUGACCAGCAGCCCCACAGAUCCCAAAGAGAUGAUCAAUAAAUGGCUGAAAGAAACUCUGGAGGUGAAUGGCACCAUGGUUGUACUGAAUCUCUUCAUAAAUAUGAACACUGCCAGGAGCGUGGAGCGAGAUAAUGGACUGAAGCUCGCUCAUGGCCAUCAGAAACAGUAUAACUGUACCUUCCAUGUUCAGGAGUCUGUUAUAGCAAGUGUUGAAGAAAGUGAAAAGAUAAUUUAUGAGGCACUGAAAUUAAAGUAUGAAAAUAACUCUGUUGUUAUUGAAACUGUGGACGUGGUGCUCAAACAUAUAGUGCCAAGAAACUGUUUAGAAGAAACAACUUCCACAAUCUAUGGAAUAUACAUGUGGCCUGAGGCGUUUCCUCAAAUUACGCAAGAAAUGGGAUGCAUCGAACCGAUAUCAGAAAUCGCUUACAGGCUUUGUAAAUUAGAUAUUCACACUGACAUGACCAGCUGGGCUGAUCCCGACAUGACGAGAUGCAAACCCACCAUGACCAUAUCAGACCUCAAGAAUAUCACUGUCUCGACUGAUAACAUGGCUGAGGUUGUGGACAUGAUUGAAGACGUUGUGGACACUGAGCUGGGCAGCAACGCUGCGCUGUCUCCCUCAGAGCUGGACACAGUGGUGCAGAAACUGAACGAAGUGGUGGAAAUCAGUGACAUCACACCUGCUGUUGGUGGCGAUGUUGUUAAUAUCGUGGCUAGAAUCUUGUUUUCUGACACCGAUGUCACUCCAGUGGCUGGCAUUGUCCUCAAUCUGACAGAAAAGCUGGGAGACAAUAUGUAUUUCCAAAAUGAAUCCAUCAGUUUGAUUGCACCCUCACUGGCUCUGUCCAUGGUCAAUGUGGAUCGAAACACAUAUAAAGGCCUGACCUUUGGAGCGUCCUCCACAUUGUCAAACUCGCACCCUCAGGUUCUUAUUAAGCAUAACUUUGAGAGUGGACCCCUGCCUGACACAAAUGCAACGAUAUCUCUGCCCACUGUGCUCCAUAUCACCUUCCCUGCAGACAAAAUAAAAACUCGUGUCCAGUUCCAGUUCUAUGGAACAGAAGAUCUUUUUAAGGAUCGCCAAUCAACCAAUACGUCACAAUGCAACUGGACUGUGAAUUCUUACAUAGUGUCUGCCAGCAUUAAUAACAGUUACGUGAUUAACCUGAAGGACCGUGUGGUGGUGACGCUCAGCCACCAGAAACCCAAAAAGCCAGACGACAAGGUGCGGUGCAUGUUUUGGGACUUUCAGAAGAACGGUGGGCAGGGUGGCUGGAACAGUAACGGCUGUGAAACCUGGAAUAAUUCUUCUCACCAGACCAGCUGUCUUUGUGAUCACCUAACACACUUUGCUGUGCUCCUGGAUGUGGCCAGAGCUCCCAUUAGUGCCGCCAACACUCACAUUCUGACAGUUAUCUCCUACAUUGGCUGUGGUGUAUCCUCCAUCUUUCUCGGUCUUACACUGCUCAGCUAUGUGGUAUUUGAGAAGUUGCGUCGGGAUUAUCCAGCCAAAAUACUCAUCAACCUGUCAGCUGCCCUGCUGGGGUUGAACAUGCUUUUCCUUUUGAACCCUUGGUUAUCAUCCUUUUCGACAUAUGAGCUCUGCAUCAGCACUGCUGCAGCACUUCACUACUUCCUGCUGGCCUCCUUCACCUGGAUGGGUCUGGAGGCCGUGCACAUAUACAUCGCCCUGGUCCAGGUCUUCAACACUUACAUCCCCUCCUACAUCCUCAAGUGCUGCACAAUAGGAUGGGGUCUUCCUAUAGUCAUAGUCAGUCUGGUGUUAGCCAUAGACAAAGAUGCCUACGGCAUCCUUGUGUAUGAAGAUGAAGCAGGAGAACAGUCCACAGAAGUAUUCUGCUGGAUACAAAGCAACGUCUUCUUCUAUGUGACGGUGGUAACAAUUGCACUUCUGAUUCUGUUGUGCAACAUCUGCGUGUUCAUCGUGGUUCUGAUUCAGAUCAAACGUAUGAAUAUCAAUAAGCCUUCAGGAAACCAAAGCAACAUCUUGCAUGACCUGAGGGCAGCUGCCAGCAUCACCGUCCUGUUGGGUCUGACAUGGUCUGUCAGCUUUUUGGCAGUUGGGCCAGGCAGGGUGGUCCUGAUGUACCUGUUCGCCAUUCUGAAUACUUUUCAGGGUUUCUUUAUUUUUUUGUUCCACUGCUUAAUGAAGGAAAAUGUGAGGAAACAGUGGAGGAUCCACUUGUGUUGUGGACGAUUCAGGCCUGAUUAUUACUCAGAUUGGAGCCGCUCUGUGACAGCAGGGGGCAAAAGAAACCAUCUUGUUAAUUGUGACUCACUUGCUUACAACACCUGCUCCAUCAGAAAAGGCUGUCAUCCUGCUACAAGACCAUACAACCAGUAGAGAGCAUGAGUGUGCAUGUACAUUGUGCUUUCGAAGGUCUUUGCUUAUUAGAAAACAGUAAUGACAUGAAAACAUGGCAAAAAAAAUCUUAUACUGCAGUGGGUGAGGAAAUCACCUGGUGGUUUAAGGAGAAACACUUGAACCUGGUGGUACCUUCAAUACAGUACAAUAAGGUCACCAACAUUAGAAGUAAAUCUGACAGACCCUGAGGCCCAUAGGGUCGAUGAUUAUCUCCAGACACUGUAGCAUGAAGUGGAAAAGAUUCUACAACUCCCCCUGGAUGGGACAUGAAACCAGCGCAGGUUAAUACUUCCCCAAAGAUGACUUGCAGUCAUAAGUUCAAAUUACAAAAGAAGAAGGCACAACAUUUAAAAAGAUCAUAAAAAGACAAUGCAAAAAUGUGUCAUGAACACAGUGAAAUUUUGACAACACAGAGUUAGUAGUGUUGUCUAAUGUACUUGGAAUUUGUGUUAUAAUUCUGAAAUUAUAUGUAGUUCAUUACAUACGGUGCAUCUGGAAAGUAUUCGCAGUGCUUCACUUUUUCCACGUUUUGUUAUGAUACAGCCUUAUUCCAAAAUGGAUGAAAUUGUUUUGUUUUUUUUUUUCUCAA